UAAAAAUCAAUAACGCUUCGGUGCAAAACCGGUUCACUCCACAAUUUAUCCGCGUUCUACUGAAGGCUCGUCGAUCAGAACGUAUCAGGCUGCACCGUCGACAAGAUGUGUGAGAACCGAAAGUCCGCAUUGUUCGCUUGCACCCUGCUACUGGUCGCUGGGUCUCUGUGUCCUGUGGUGCGUGGUGACGAGUUUGAGGAAGUGUUUCGCUGGAAGCUGCUCGAUUUUAACAACACCGAUACAUCAGGCGAAGAUGGAUCGGAUGGAGUUUUCUUCCCGGACGUGCCAGACGAUGCAGCCCCCGGAAUGGAGUCACUGAACGAAAGCUUCGUACCGUAUCACAAUCUGCCGAUGGGGGUGACCCACCACAAGGGCCGAGUGUUCGUAACCGUGCCGAGACGGCGCACCGGCAUCCCGUCCACGCUGAACGUAAUCGUGCUGGACCAGGUGCCGGAAGGCGACAAGUCACCCAAGCUGAUCGCGUAUCCGAAUGCGUUGACCAACGAGCUAAGGACCCCAUACCAGCCCGACCCGAAAAAGCUCAUCUCUGUCUACCGCACCCGUGUCGAUCGGUGCGAUCGAAUGUGGUUCGUCGAUACCGGAUUUCUCGAGUACCCGGGCCAUCGGCGACAGGUGCAGCGGCCCUCACUCUGGAUCAUCGAUCUGCUGCAGGAUCGCAAGGUACGCCAGUUCGAAAUACCGGAGUCGAUCGUGCCCGAGGGUCACGGUAUGGCCAGCGUUACGGUCGAUUCGUCGAGCGACGAUUGCGACGGUGCGUACGCUUACAUACCGGACCUAGCGUACUACCGGCUGUACGUGUACAGCUUCCGGGACAAUCGCAUGUGGACGUUUAACCACCUGUACCUGUCGUUCGAUCCGCGCAUGACGGGCUUCAACGUGGCCGGUGUACGAUUCCGGUGGAACGAUGGCAUCUUCUCGCUGGCACUCGGUCCGCAACGGUCGCGAGAAGAGGGACGCACGGUAUACUUCCACGCCAUGGCCAGCACGUCAGAGUAUCGUACGAGCUCGCGUGUGCUGCAGAAUGAAACGCUCGCCAAUGUCGGUGGGUACGAUCAUCUCUUUACGUACGUCGGUGAGCGGGGAAUCAAAACGCAAUGCACCAUACACCAGUACGAUCCCCAGACGGGUGUGAUGUUUUACGCGGAAGUGAACCGAAAUGCGAUCGGCUGCUGGAACUCGGCGCAACACUUCGAGCCGGAAAACCACGGCAUCGUACAACUGGACAACCAGAACUUUAUCUAUCCAUCCGAUAUGACGCUCGACAGUGAUGGUGACCUGUGGGUCAUGACGAACGGAUUGCCGAGGUGGUUGUACGCAUCGCUCGACACUGAUGACUACAAUUUUCGCAUCUGGCGUCAGAAACCGGCUAGGGCGAUCGCAGGCACGAUAUGUGCUCCGGAUAUAUUCAAGAUUGGGAGGGUUAGUAUGUUGAACCUAGAAAUGAAUGGUACGCGCUGCUUUGUUGUUAAGAUCUUUUUGGGACUUUUCGUGCUGGGAGUAGCUGGCACAGAGUUUGAGAAAGUCUUCGAAUGGAAACAGAUAUCCUACACGAAUCUGCCGGAUCGGAGCAAAGGUUCUACCGACAAUGAAACAUUUCAGGCGUACAACAACGUCCCCAUGGGUGCGACGCAUCACAAAAACCGCCUGUUCAUCACCAUUCCUCGCCGAAGACCCGGCAUUCUGGCCACGCUGAACGUGAUCGAUAUGACGAAGGUGUCGCGAGGUGAUCGUAGCCCACCGCUCCAAGCCUACCCCUCCUAUUCGAUCAACGAACUGCAGCCACAGUACGAACCCGACCUGCACAAGCUGAUCUCGGUGUACCGCACCAGGGUGGAUGCCUGCGAACGGCUCUGGUUCGUCGAUACGGGUAUGCUCGAGUAUCCCGGUAAUAGAAUGCAGGUGCAGCGGCCCCAGAUCUGGAUUAUCGAUUUGAAGCGCGACCAGCUGGUCCAGCGGUACACGAUACCGGCAUCGAUCGUACGGGAAGGCGUCGGUAUGGCCAGCCUCACCGUGGACGUGGAAGCGACGGAUUGCGAUGCAGCUUACGCUUACAUCCCGGAUCUUGUCGCAAACGCGAUCCACGUGUACGGUUUGCGCGAGAACGAUAUGUGGUCGUUUAACCACAGCUCCUUCACACACGAUCCUACCCAUGCAGCGCUGAACGUUGCCGGCCAGAGGUUCGAGUGGGACGAUGGAGUGUUUUCGAUAGCGCUCGGACGGAACGAUACGCUGGCCAGUGGGAAGAUGGUGUACUACCAUCCAAUGGUUAGUACGACCGAGUUCGGGACGUUUACGAACGUGCUGCGAAGCAAAUGGAUUGCACUGUCGGGAAAUUACGCCAGUCUGUUCGAGCCGUUGGGUGACCGCGGUCCUAAUACACAAUCCACGAUGCACCAUUACGAUGCGCGUACCGGGGUACUGUUCUAUGCGGAGAUAAACCGGAACUCUAUUGGCUGCUGGAACACGCGGCAAGUCUGCGAGGCCGGCAAUCACGCGGUUGUGCAUCUGAACAAUCGAGAGCUGAUCUAUCCGUCCGACCUGACCAGCGACUCCGACGGCGUGCUGUGGGUGUUGACGAAUAAUUUGCCCGUGUGGAUUUACGGGCGGUUGAACGAAAGUGACUACAAUUUUCGCUUAUGGCGCCAGGAUCCGGCCGUCGCCAUCCGGUGUACAAAGUGUGACAAUGUAGUUUAGAAGCUGUUUGGACCGAUGAGACAUCUAUGACCGUACAUAUUGGUUUCAGGGGAUUAAAAACUAUUUUUUCCAAAGAUAAAGUUAAUACAUUUACAUGAAUUGCAA